CAGUUUUGAUUUGAUUAAAAAAUGGCAGCAGGAAGACAUUGGGGUUAUCGUGAUAAUGAAUUUAGGGAUCGUGAAUCUGAUCUUAAAAUUGGUGGGAAAAGGCAAUUUCUUAGUUGUUCAGGUGAAGGAUAUGAUCGUGAUCAAAGAAGACGGAGUCAAAUUCGGGGUGAAAGGGAUAGGAUUUCUACAAACUCGAGCAAUUUGGGUAUUAAUGGGAAAAUUGGGGUUUGGGGUAACGAUGCCGGAAUUGGGGUUAAGAAGCGGAAGUUUUCUCCUAUUUUGUGGGACAAAGAAGAGAAGAAGAAGGAGGUGAGUAAUUCGAUUAAAACUAGAGUUGUUCCCAAGACUUCUAGGGUUUCCUCGGUAUCUCCAGUAAAAUCUGGAUAUAAAGAAGACAAGGAGGUGAGUAAUUUGAGGGAAAAGAGAGCUGUUUCUAAGAAUUUUAGGGCUGGAUCUACUGUAAAGGAAACACACUCAAUGUCAUAUUCUCCAGAGCAGCUUAGGAGUGAUGAUUGCGAACGUGGGGUUUCACGGUGGAGGCUACCACCUGGAGAAAAGUACCCUACUCCAGAAGUUGGGGAAUUCAUAAGGGAAGGAUCAGGAACUAAAUCAUCGGGUUCUGAUGAAUGUUUGGCUGGGUCAGUUAGCAGUAGUGGUGACUACUCUGACCAUCUGUUGGUUAACACAGACUUUGUAGAUAUCAAUAAGGAUGGUAGUGCAGACUAUUCUGAUACUGACUCAGAUGGGGAAAUUUGUAGGGGUAAACGCAUAAAGAAGAAUAUAAAUAUGCUUGAAGGGUGUAGGAGUGUUCAUGAGUUUGAGAGGCUCAAUAGAAUAGGUGAAGGUACAUACGGUGUUGUCUUUAGAGCUAGGGAUAAGAAAACCGGAGGAGAAGUUGUAGCCUUGAAGAAAGUAAAGAUGGAGAAAGAAAGAGAAGGUUUUCCUAUGACUGCUCUAAGGGAAAUUCUUUUAUCUACAGAUCACCCAUCAGUUGUUGAGGUUAAGGAAGUUGUUAUGGAUGGCCUUGAUAGUAUUUUUAUGGUUAUGGAGUACAUGGAGCAUGACCUGAAGAGCAUAAUGGAGACAAAGAGACAGCCUUUUAGUCAGAGUGAAGUUAAAUGUCUCAUGUUGCAGUUGUUGGAGGGUGUUGAGUAUCUUCAUGAUAAUUGGGUACUUCACAGGGAUUUGAAGACUUCUAAUAUUCUUAUGAACAAUCAGGGUGAGCUGAAGAUCGGUGACUUUGGAAUGUCUCGCCUAUAUGGAAGCCCAUUGAAGCAAUAUACCCAACUGGUUGUUACUCUAUGGUACAGAGCACCUGAGCUUUUAUUAGGGGCAAAACAAUACUCAACAGCAAUUGAUAUGUGGUCGUUGGGUUGUAUAAUGGCUGAGCUAUUAUCCAAGGAACCCCUAUUUAAUGGAAAAACUGAAGUUGAUCAGCUUGACAAGAUUUUCAAAACCCUUGGUACUCCAAGUGAGGCGAUUUGGCCAGGUUUUUCUGAACUGCCCGGUGCCAAGGUCAAAUUUGCCAAGCAACAGUAUAACUUACUGCGCAAGAAAUUCCCACCCACAGCUUUCACUGGAUCACCAGUUCUUUCGGAUGCUGGAUUUGAUUUGUUGAACCGGCUUUUAACAUACGACCCUGCAAAGAGGAUUACUGCUGAAGAGGCUGUUAACCAUGAGUGGUUUCGCGAGGUUCCUCUUCCCAUGUCAAGAGAUUUGAUGCCAACCUUUCCAGCUAAACAUGCACAAGACAGGCGGGUAAGAAGAGUCAUGAAAGUCCAGAUCCAUUGGAGGAGCAGCGAAGAAGGGAGUUGCAACAGAAGAGAUUAGGCACCAGUGGUCUUUUUGGCAGUGAGUUGUAGCUGUAUUCACGAAAUGUACUCAUUCCUGCUUGCAUGCAAGGCAUGUC